AUGACGGUGCGCCUUGCAACUGGCGCAUCCGUAACAGUAAAGAAACGUGUAGUGGGAAUUCACUACACGCUUGAAGGCAAAAAGUACGAUGAUGAUUUCAUCGUACUUGAUCUGGAUGACAAAUUUGAUGUCAUCCUAGGAUUACCAUGGCUCAGAUGGUACGAGCCAUGGGUCAGCUGGCAGCAUCGAACCGUGAAGAUGCCUGCCGCUUGUUCAUCAGAUGGCCAUCUGAUGAACGUCUUGGAGCGUUCACAAGCGUGUGAAUGUACUACGAGUGAGUGUGAUGGCCUCACUUGUGAUUCGGUCGUUAGUACGACUGCACAAGAACUCAGCGUGACAGACAGUCACGCUGUGGAGCAAGCUGCCGGCGGCUGUGCACGAGCACAGGCAGCACCGAAGGUUCACCACUCGAAUAAGUCGAGUGGACCGGGGCAUGAAUGCUCUCCUAGAGGGCAGCAUUCACCGAAGAGUAAACCGGUUGCCCAGAAGCGGCAACACGGUAGUCCUAGAUCAACUGGAGGAUUAAUCGUAGAGGAUCUCGCAUGGUUGCGCCACCACAACUAG